UCAACGCUUAAAAAUGGAUUCUGUGUUGGGCUGCUUUUGCUCUACUAGUAAAUCCAGUAAUACACUUGGGUGUAAGGAGCUAGCGAUCCUUUCUUCGGAAACAAAUUUUACUGUGAGUGAAGUAGAGGCUUUGUAUGAUCUAUACAUGACUAUAAGCAAUUCCAUAACUGAGGAUGAUCUCAUUAACAAGGAAGAAUUUCGACUUGCACUUUUCAACAACAGCAGUAAGCAGAACCUCUUCGCAGACAGAGUAUUUGAAUUGUUUGAUAUAAAGAAAAAUGGGGUAAUUGAAUUUGAAGAUUUUGUUCAAUCAUUGAGCAUCUUCCAUCCAGACGCUCCUGAAGCAGACAAAAUAUCAUUCAUGUUUAGAUUGUAUGAUCUACGGCAUACGGGAUACAUAGAGCGUGAUGAGUUCAAGGAGAUGCUGCUGGCUCGUCUGAGUGAAUUAGAUUUGACACUUUCAGAUGAAGAUGCCGAAGCAAUAGUGAAUAAGGCAAUGAUGGAGGCAGAUUUGGAUAGAGAUGGGAGAAUUGAUCCAGAAGAGUGGAAGGAACUGGUAGCAAGAAAUCCAUCUCUCAUAAAGAACAUGACUCUUCCAGUUUUAAAGGAGAUAACACUUGCAUUCCCAAACUUCGUCAUGAAAUCUCAAGUUCUAGAUUCAAAACUAGUUUCCUAAAAAGAUUACCAGAUAUAGAGUACCAAUUACCGGAGAUGCUGAACAAAUCAAGAAACACUUCCACUUGGAGAUAUAAUGAUAUGUAAUUGUUGGACUUCAGAGCAGCACAGAAAAGAUGUUUGGAACCAUGAUUUACGAGGUUGCUGGCAAAGAGAUCACAAAGCCAACAGGAAAAUCCUGUUGUGAUAUUUUUAAUAAUAACAUUUUUCCAGUGUUUCGUCCGGUCAUUUCAAUUGUAGUUCUCAUUUUCUGAAUUCAUCUUUUGGCCCGGUUCACUGCAUAGUGAUGAUUUUCUGUGUUGCUUUUUUGGUUUUUAAAUGUUGCGGGGAAAAAAAAUCAAGAUGAAUGUGAGCUUGCAAUCUUAUACAGGUUGUGUUUGGAAUGAAUGUUCAAAAAAUUCCACUUCUCAUUUUUUCCUUUCCUGUGAACAGAGCAUUGAGUACUUUGUCUUGUCUUUUAUUUUUUUUUUCUUUUUCUGUUUCCUGACUAAAUUUCUCGAUCUUCUCCAUUCUACUACUCAAAUGACCACAAUAGUAGAUACCAUCUCAAGUAAAAUGGCACUUUAAGUCCUUUCUGUCCUUGGAACUUUGAUCAUUAAAUUGUUAGUUUUGUAUUUAUUUAUUUAAUUUACAAGGUAACAAUAAUUUUUUUUUUUUUUUUUUUUUUUUUUGUGACAAACAGGUUAAUCUUUGAUUUUAGUUCAUGAAUUAUUGAAAAAAUGGCUUAUGUGCGUGU